UCUGUGUAAGUUGGUGGUCGAGCGAGUGUGAGCCAUUGUAGGAGAGCUUCGAGAAGGAAGAAGGAGCCACGAUGGUCGUUGCUCUUGCUUGUUCCUCAAUCUCUUGUACUUUCACUCCAUUUAACCGGUCGAAUUCAGUGUUAGCUUGCUCCGGUUCGAAUCCUGAUCAGAGAAGAAGAACCGUGAUCUUCGGUUCGAGCUUAGCGCUCGCCUCGUCUCUGCUCGCUUCCAAUCAACAGAGUUUUCCGGUGGAAUCUGCGAUCGCAUUGGAGCAACUUAAGGAAAAAGAAGAGGAGCUUGAGGACGAAGAAGAGAGAAAUGUCAAUCUCUUCCAGAAAACUUCGGCGUCUGUUGUGUACAUCGAAGACAUUGAGCUUCCCAAAACUUCCUCUGAUGAAUCCAAUGUUGAGGAAAAUGCAAAGAUCGAAGGGACAGGUUCUGGCUUCGUUUGGGACAAGCUUGGUCACAUUGUGACAAACUAUCAUGUCAUUGCCAAGUUAGCUACAGAUCAGAGUGGUUUACAACGUUGUAAGGUGUCUCUAGUUGAUGCCAUGGGAACAAGAUUUACAAAGGAUGGGAAAAUUGUGGGUCUUGAUCCAGACAAUGAUCUUGCUGUUUUGAAGAUUGAAACCGAGGGGCGUGAGUUGAAACCUGUUGCUCUUGGUACCUCCAGUGACCUACGCGUAGGUCAGAGUUGCUUUGCGAUAGGGAAUCCUUAUGGAUAUGAAAACACUUUGACAAUAGGGGUAGUGAGUGGGUUGGGAAGAGAGAUACCUUCACCCAACGGGAAGAGUAUUCGAGAAGCUAUCCAAACAGAUGCUGACAUUAACUCUGGCAAUUCUGGAGGGCCAUUGCUUGAUUCUUAUGGCCAUACCAUCGGCGUCAACACUGCCACAUUCACCCGCAAAGGGACUGGUAUGUCUUCCGGAGUGAACUUUGCCAUUCCCAUUGACACAGUUGUUCGAACAGUACCCUAUCUCAUUGUGUAUGGAACAGCAUACAGAGACAGAUUCUGAAGAAAACAAACAUCUUCUCUAUUAAAUGUAAAUAUAAAACUCCACAAGGCUUCCAAUGCAUGUAUACAUUUAUCUUCACAAAGUUAUGUGAAUCAUUCAUCAUACAAUACAAGAACAUGGAAUCAAAUUUU